GGAGGAAUCCAUUUCGGGUCCGUUUGAAUCCCUGUUUUGUUUUUUUUUUUUGGGGGGGGGGGGGGGGGUUGGAAUUUUUUUUUUUUUUUUUUUUUUGUUACAGGGAAGAGUUAGCUUUCGUUUAGAUUUUUUUUUAAUUUCAAUGAAAGAUGUUUAGGUUUUAACGUCUUUUUUGCAAAUAAAAUUCAUUGGUGCUAGAAUUUUUAGUCUAAAUUUAAAGUAAUGGUUUGGAUAUAUUCAUCUGGACCGUUUUCCUAAUUACAGAAAAUCCUAUUAUCAAAUAAAAUUGGACUGAAUAUUAAAUAACACUGGGCUGAAUACCUAAAUCGAAAAUUUUAUAACACUAUAUACUAACUUUGAAUCCAGAAGAGGGCUGGGCCGUGGCCCGGGUUGGGCCAGCCCUAGAUCCGCCCACUGAUCGCGCGUCGAAUCAUAGUUGAAUACGCGUUCCCCCAACAACUCGAGCUGUUUGGGAUCGAUUGGUUCUUAAUAUAGUAUCAGAAUUUUCUCAGACGACCAAGAUCAAGUUCUUAUGUUCAAAUCCCGAUCAUCUCGUCUAUUAUGUUAAGUACAUGAUAUUCAAACAUAUGCAAACUUUUUUUUCCAAUAACUCGAGUUAUCGACAUCCAACUAGCUUUAAUCACUUUUAAUUUUGCAAAAUUUCUUUAAUUUUCUAUUCAGCCCGAUCUUGAUUCGAUCUGAUUCGAAACCGAAACCCAUCCGUCCCCCACAUGUAACUAGGUAGGAAGUUGAUGAGGGAAAGCGCGUGGGCAAAUAAUUGAAUGAAGCGGAAUGGGAGGAGGAGGAGGGAAAGAGCGGUGGCCACGGUACUGUCGGUUUAGGAGAUGUGGCGGUGGUCAAAUGGGAACUAGUUAGGGAUGGCGGUGGCCGGUGGGUUUGGUUCAAUUUUGUCAUUCUUCUUGGUUCGGUUCUUCAUGAGCAUUUUGGUUAGUGGGUUUGGUUCAACUUCUUAAACAUUUUUCAGUCUUCUUGAGCUCACCAUAUGUUCCAUGUUCCACAUCUAUGGAAACAUAAUAUAGAGUUACAUUGGAAGGAGAUCGAUCCAUUAUAUGUUGACUCUUGUGUAUGCGACACUUGGAUGAUCGAAUCGUGCACCAUUAACGAAGAUCGCGUAAAGCCGUAAAAUCGAUGAUUUCUUUUCUUGUUAGAGGUGAGUCUCUUAUUUAUUUGUAAACUUAGUAUGUACAUAUCAUACAAGUGUUUGGAUCGAUGUUUAGAAAAAUCCUAACUUAUCGGCCGGUCCGACCGAAAAUACCAGACAACGGACCCAAAAUGGUAAGCAAUUUUAGCAGGGUAGAAAAUGCUUAGAGACACGAUUAAAUCACAGUUUUUACUAUAAAAUAUCCUAUUAUUAACUUUUUCUGAUAUGAUCUCCGGUACGGACGGUUUCAUAAACCUUUGUUUGGAUAUUCUUUAUGUCAGCUUCAUGUACGAUACGACACGCUUGGACUAACUAGGUAAUUAGUGGCCAUUAGCCCAGUUCUAUUGUCUUUUGAUAGCCCAUGAUAUGUAUUUGUGUGGUCCAGGGGUAGUAGUCCGAGUAAGCCCAUGACUAGGAGGUAGAAACCGGCCCGCUGAUUGUAGUAUAGGUUGGCGGGGUCUCGAGAUUUGCUCUUUGAUUUUGUCAGUUGAGAUUCUCCAAAUCUAUGUAUUUAAUUAAUUUGUAUUUUGUAAUUUAAUUUAUUGACGAAAUGCAUGAAUUUGAAAAUUACAUUGUUUGGAGGUUUACAUUAUGCUUUGUUAUAAAUGAAAAAUUAGAGGGUAGACAAGACAAUCCCUUGGUCACAAUCUCACCACUUGGUAGAGAUUGAUAAUCACUCAUUUUGAGUGAUUGUUGGUGGGCCCAGAAAAAGGUAAUAUAUUAUUCUUCUGUCACAAAUUUAACAAACAAAAAACGACUUAAUCUUGACAUUACAUGCAUUGGCUAAAUACAUCGCUUGAAAUCAUAACCUCCAAACAACCCCCCUAAGUUGAUGUCAAUACAAGACCGUAGCCAAAAGGGAUGUGUGGUGUGACGGUCCGGUUCGUUUUGGUAAGCGGUAAAAACAUUUUAGGAUUAAGAAAUCGAUCAAUAUUGCACUCGGUUUGAUUUGAUCCGCCCAACUUUUAAUUCACUUCAAUUUUAUUCAGUAUUUAUAAAAUUUAUUUAUAGGAUGAAGCAGUGGCGGACCCAGAAAUUUUUCAUAGGGGUGUCAUCUUUUAAAAAUAAAUUAAAUAAAAAUAAUUAUUAAAAAUAAAAUCGUAAAUUUGAAAAUACCUUACUCGUACAGGUUAAAAAAGUCCAUGAUUUGUUUUCAUAUUCGGAAUAAUUGUAGAAUACACUUGGUGUCUAUAGUGUUAAAAAAAUUGUCUUUAUAUAGCCUACUAGACAAUCAUUCACGAACUUAUCGCAUAUUCGAUUUGUAAACUUGUUCUCGAUGUAACCUAAAGCUGAAAGACUCUUUCAACACUUGCCGUAUUAAGGGUAGUUUGAAAUUAGUUUAAUUGUUAGGUUUUUAAAAUAAUUAGAGAUAGAAAAUGACAUUUUACUAUUACAUUUUUCAAAAUCGAACAACACAUGAGUUGUAGGUCAACGAAAAUUAAGUUUAUUAAUAAGAGUAGUGUUCUAGAUUUGAAUUACCCAAUCUACCACUUAUAUUCCUAUACACAAAUGACAGUAGGAUAAUUGUGUUUUCAAAUUUCAGGGGUGUCCCUCACUAUCAAUUUUUUUUUUUUGUCCAUACGUAAAUUACCACCGGGGUUGGAUAAUCGUAUUCCCAAAAUGUAGGGGUGUCCGGGGACACCCCUAAAACCCCCUGGGUCCGCCCCUGGGAUGAAGGACUAGACCACAUUAUCUUCGAUUUAGUAUGGUCAAGUCAAUACGUUGGUUUGAUCUUCAGUAAGGACCGAACCGUGAGCCAAUCGACUAAUACAAAAUGACAGUCAUCUUCACGUGGUCGUAAUGCUAUUCGUAGCAUCAAGUGUUUUAACUUCGUGUCUCGUUUCUUAUAUACUUGAUAACCCCAGCAACUUGCAUUAUAUUUGAUUGUUUCUGCAGGUUGUUUGAAAGGGAUUGACAUAGAGAGAGCAAUAUACAGUCAUUCAUUCCCAUCGAUCUUAUCCAUUUGUAAUGUGGUCUCACUUAUCAAUUUUAUAUUAUCUACAAUUCAAUUUGUUUGUAACUAGUAAGAUCUAAACUUCUUUUUGGUACUUAGACAAUAAUAUUUGAAAUACUUGCUUCAUAUGCACGGGUCAAUUAAGAUCACUCGUAUGAAAUCUUACAAAAAGUAGAACUUAUGAGAUCGUCGCGACUUCGGGGGUAUAAUAUGGAAAUACGUAGUUAAGAGUUAGAGCAGUGCAAUCAAACACUUGUAAAAAAUACAAUGUCCAAAAUACACGAUUUAACCGAUACUACAAACAAAACCUAUGUUAGGAGAGAUCCAAACAUCGUUUAAGGUUGUUCAAAAUAAACCCACCAUUUUUUUUUCUUCCCCCGAUUGAACGAGACUCGUGAUCAUAUGCUCGGGUUUUUUGCGAGUCGUCGCGCGCUAUUGUAGAGAAUCUGGAAGUCGAGAAAUUGGAUGAUAGUUCAUGGGUUACAAACUCGACCCUGACACGUCAUCCACAAAUUCCGCGUCGAACACCAAGUGGUCAAUGUCCUCCAACUGGAACCCUCCCCCGUCGUCAAACAACUCCGGCAGCAACCCUGCCCACCCGGCCGACGUCAAGCUCCAUCCGCUCAGCCGCACGUCGUCGCCGCGAUCCAAAUCCAGCAGCUCCUCCUCUAUCGCUAUCAUGCUGUCAUCGUCGUUGCCCGUGGUGGCGACGCACGACGGGAGCAUCUCCGGCGGCGGCGGCAGGGGAGGUAGUGGCGAUGGAGCAGGGGAUGGUUGUACUUCUCCGGCUGCGGGUACCUCUGACCCUGCCGCUGGAGAUGGAGAUGGGUGGAUGAAUUGGUCGACGUUGAGUCCCUUGGACCUGAGGCGGUCGAGGUAAUUGGCGGCGUCGAAGUUGGUGACGGCGUUGGCUCCUCUGUAUUCGAGUGCCGCCAAGUCGUAUGCCUCUGCAGCUUCUUCUUGAGUGUCUACACCACACACAUAGAAGACAAGUGAUAAUUAAUUAAUUACAGUUAAGCCAAGUGAUUAUGUAAGAGAUUAACUUAUUAAACAAGAUGAACAGUUUAAUAAGAAGCCACGUGAGAGGGCAGGCAGAUGGAUUGUACCCUUUUAAAAUGGCUAAAAUAUAAGAGGGGGAAACUAUAAAAAUUAAUUUUUUAAAAUUUUUUAAUUGUCGCAAUCACUUAUUUAAUAUUUAACGGUCAAUGUUUAAAAGUUGACUGACAUGUCACGUCGGAUAAAAUUAACGGAGAGUUACUAAACUUAGACUGUAUAACUAAUUUAAGUGACUAUGACUGGGAACCUUCAAAUUGGAAUGUCUGGGCAUGAUUUUCCCUUACUUGGACAUCCUGAUCAUGUAUGGCUAUGGGAGGGAGUCUUUUCAUUAGGUAUUGAACAUUUUACGUGCUCUUACUGAUUGAUCCCGUAUCAGCGGGAAUACUUUUUUCUAUUUUUAAAAGUAGUAUUCCUUUUUCUUUCUUUUUUCGGUAUGCCGCUCUUCGAACUCGAAGAGAGCGAGUAUAGAUAGACUACUAUCAUGAAUAUCCUUCGCCCCUUAUCUCCUCAUCUUCCUAUUUAUAAGCCACAGCUUACUUCGACGUUUUCAAUUUCCCAUAGAAUCCCCGGGGCUUUCCUAACCACUAUAGUUUUCUUUUUUUAUCUUCUUUGUAAUGACCAUCUUCGAUUAACACUCGAACUAGUGACAUACAUCGAUUCAGCUAUAGGAUGCUAAUGGCCAGUAUGGGUUAGGACGUCCUACCGCGAUCCAAGGUGUUCGGACAGUGUUUUGCAUUUUACUACCGUUGGAUGCAUAUGACGACAAUUUGUAAACGAUUACCGCCACGUACAUUCAUAUCACGGAGAAAAAGAAUGUACGUGGCGGAACGACUUAAUUCGUGGUACAAGAACAACCAAAGAAGAAAGAAAUUUGACUUAUUUUUAUUUGCUCAAAAUGUUGCCAUUUUACAAGUCUCUAUCCGAUCCGUAUAGCACACUAACUUGAAAACUCGGAUAUUUAUCAUUAGAGAUUUGGCCCAAAUCUCUUUAUUUGUUUGUUUAUGAGAAAAUCAUCGAGAAUGUGACAAAUGAAAGUGAGCCAAGGCCAAAGAAAAGAACAAUUAGGGGUCACGUGACAUCAGGAAAGAGAGAUUGAGAUUCGAUUAAAGAUAUAAAGUGAUUAGUUGUGGGAUUUGGAUUUUGAUUUUGAUUUAGAUCUGAUAGAGAGAGGGAAGAUAAGGGGGAAGUCGUGUGAAUGAGUAGGAAAAGCUGAACCAAAUCAGGUAAAUGCUUUUUCGGAUCCCUCGGUGGACCUGGCCCAUUUCCAGGCCCACAAUAAAAAUAAAAAUAAAAA